AUGAAUAAAUACACCUUAAAAUUCAGAGACAAAAAAAUUGAAGAAUAAUUUUAAUAAAUCCAUCAAAUCCCUACUAGAUAAAAACACAUAAAACUUAUUUCAGUAUUUUUCUUAGCUCUUUAAAUAUUUAAACUUAUAGCAAGUAUUUUACAGCAUUAGAAAGAAUAAAUGUAUAUUUUAAUCUUUUUAAUCGCGACAACUCUAGUAUUGUGCUUUGCCAAGAUCACGUCUAGCUUUUCCUCAAAUAUGGCUCUAUGUUUUAUCAAUCUAUCUUUCACUUUUUACACUGUUUAUUAUGAUCCAAAAGAUGAAAUCACUAAUUCCUACUAUAGGGGAGCUAACCAGAUGGUUUUCAAUAUUAUUAACAUCCUGCUUACCGACUUUUUAGAAUCAGCUCUCAUAACUAUGACUAUAUUUGCAACUAGAUCAAUUCAUGUAAUGCUUUAUGGAGAUAAACCUGAUAUCUCUUACUUUGUACUUGGAUUUAUUAUAAAUCUCUCAUUUCUAUACAUCAUAUACACUUAUCGUAGUGCCAUGCGUUCAUAGUACAUCCUCUCACGCACAGACAAGCAAUGGGAGAAUAUUCUCAAAUAAAUUAUUCAUGAUGAGUAGUAUUUAUUAAUAAACUUUGAUGUGGAAAAAUUAAAGUUUUCAAAAAUUUUAUCAAACUUUUUUAAAGAUGAACAGAGAAAUGAUUAAAUUGGUGAUUUUUUAAGAAACUCAUAUAUAAAUUAAGAAACCCUUGAGAACUAUUUAUUCAAUUAAAUAAAAUUAUUUCAGACUAAUUAUCAUGAUGUGUUCAAUAAAAUUAUCUCAUUAAAAUAUGAGAAAUUUCAUUUAUCAGUUUCCUAUUCAAUAUUCUAGGGUUCAAGACCAACAAUUUUGAUCCAGUUAGUAAAACAUCAGUAUAAUAAGGAAAUAUAAAGUUUGAUCAUCAAAACCUUAAUCAAUCUUAAACUACUGACUAAUUUAAUUAGAAUAAUUAAUGGAAAUUAAGAUUACAGCAAAGAUAAGUUCCAAAAAAUAGCCACAAUUCUCAUAUACUAAUAUUUCUAAGCUAAAUUACAUUCCAAGAGGUUUUCAUUCAAAAUUUGCAAUCUAAAAAAUAUCAUACUAGAUUUAAAAUAUUAUUUUUAUCCCAAUAGUAUGGUAAGAUUAUUAGAAAAUAAUGUUCAUUUGAAAACAAUACCAUGCAUUUUGAAGCUCCUUCUAUUGAUCGUAGUUGAAAGUUCAAUUAGUAGAGUUUUGUUCAUAAAAACACUCAAUAAGACAGGGUAGCAGAAUCAACUAAAAAUUCAUAGUACAUUUAAUGUUUAAAGCUUCAAAGUCAGAUAUCUGUAAUUUGAAUACUUUCUUUAAGCAAUUGUAAAAUCAAUCUCAAACGAUGAAAAAACAAUCGAAUUUGAGUUACAUCAGGAAUCUUUUCUACCUUAUUGUAAGCCAAUGUCUAUUAAAGGUUGUUAUUAUGAUUCCAAAAGGAAUAGAUUUGAUUGA